CGUGUUCACAUCUGUUAAGCGAAGCUAACGGACUAACAUGCUAACACACUAUUUACAUAGAGCUGUAAUGAGCUAACUGCUAACACAUUAUUCACAUAGAGCGUUAAUAAGCUAAGAGGAUAACUGCUAACUCCGCAAAUAGGCCGGAUCAGGUAAAGACAUCCCGGCACGGUCUGAUCCAGUUCGCCUUGGUCCCCGCAGCAUGCAGGCGGACUUUCGCGCUCCUCGGCGGCGGACCCGGGUUCACGAGGACUUUGAGGCGCCGCUGCCAGUUAGCCGGAUCCCGGAAGAAAGGACCCACUACCGGGCGGAGCUCAUCAACCAGCACGUGCUAGUCUGUCAUCCGGACCACAUCCAGAAGAUCCACAACCAGGGUUAUUUUGGAAAAGGUGUUCUAUCAAGAGCCAGACCUGAACACAGCAUUUCCGACCAAUGGGAACAGCAUCAAGGUUUGUUUCUACCUGUCAUCUCUCAGUCCAGGUACAAAGAGUUGCUCAAGUGGGCGGAGUCAGCUCUCUCUGCUCAGGGAUUGGAUGAAGAGGUUGUCAAUCAAACACUCAUCAAACUGAUGAAUCCUGUGGAGAUGGAGGAUCUGAGGAGGGAGGUGGGAGGAGGAAAGGAGGAAGAGAAGAAGACAGAUGUGGAGGUGGUGGGGUCAGAUGGAGGACUUUGUAACUAUGUUAACAGACUGGGGACGGAGUCAGAGGCGGAGCCAGAGGCCAAGAGAAGCUGCAGGUCAGACCCAUUGGACCUGAUUCCUCACCAUGACCCUGAUCCCAGCUUAGACCAGGUCUCUGACUCCAGCUCAGAUCCUGGUUCUGAUUCAUCCUCUGACUCUGAACCUGAUCCUGGAUUAUCUGUUCCAGGUCCUGGUUUUGUCCUAGUGGUCUCUGAAAGUGAGACUGGAGGGGCCAGAGAGGUGAGGCGGAGUCCACUGUCCCUGUCAGAGUACCUGCAGCUCAGCCUGGAGGAGGCAUUCUUUCUGGUCUACAGUCUGGGCUGCCUGUCCGUCUACCUGCAUCAGGAGCCCCUGUCAAUCAUCCAGUUGUGGAGGAAGUUCCGGUCACUGCAUCCCGACUUCAUCAGCUCAUACGCUGCCUAUCAUCAUUUUCGUAGCAAGGGGUGGGUUCCAAAAGGAGGGGGUGGGGCCAAGUAUGGCGUUGAUCUCAUGCUGUACAGGAAAGGACCGCCUUUCUACCACGCCAGUUACUCAGUGGUCGUUGAGCAGGCAGAUGAGGCGUUCAGGGGCUCCACUUUGCGUCCAUUUUCAUGGCGUUCCCUGGCAGCUCUCAGCAGGAUCACCGCUAACGUCUCCAAGGAGCUGAUGUUGUGUUACAUCAUCCGUCCAGCUGACCUGUCAGAGGCAGAGCUGGACUCACCUGUGUGUCUGAGCAGACUGAAGGUCCAGGAAGUAAUUGUCAGCCGGUGGGUUUCCUCCAGAGAGCGAUCAGAGCAGGAAGACAUAUGAUUGGCUGAAAGGAGAAACAGUGAUGUCACAGAGUGGGAACCAAUCAGAAAGAAGAUGGACAUGGAACAUGUCUCUGGUUGGUUCCCCAAAGUCCUUGGGUUGAAGAUAAGGUUCAGUCACUGAGGACAGAAGAAGAGUCCUUCAGUCAUGAAGAUGAUGGACAGUAGACUCUGAGUCUGUGGAGUAGAAACGUUGUGGAUUUCUGGUCCUGUAGACCAGCAGACAGCAGCAAGGCAGCGCUUCACGCAUCGGGUGCUUGGUUUCACCCCCUCUCAAUGGUCAGGAAACAGGAAGUGUCCACUGACAACCUCACACUUCGCUAAAUGCUACGUUGGACUCAAACUUAAUUUCCUUCAGUUUGAUUAAUUUAUUAAAGUACAUUUCUAU